AUGGAUUUCACCACACUGGAACCUGCGUCGGAUGGACAGGAGAAUGUCUUGGUUGUGACUGAUGUAAUCACUAAGUUCACUACGCCACAUCACCCCCAGGGAAAUGCACAGUGCGAGAGACUUAACAGAACUCUACCUGACCUCUUGCGUUCCUUGCCACCUGACAAGAAAAGGAAAUGGCCAGAGUACUUACCUGAGCUGGUGUAUGCCUAUAAUGUAACACCUCAUUCCUCCACUGGUUACUCCCCUUACUACAUGCUGUUUGGUAUGCAGCCACACUUACCAGUAGAUGCCUUAUUGGGCCAGGAGCCAGUGUUUGAGAAGGAGCCUGCCUGGUUGUCUGUCCACAAGGAGCAACUUCGGGAUGUUCACACUAGGGCACGUGCAUAUGCUGAAAGGAAGGCAGCAGACCGAGUUACCAAGCGUGAGAGUGGGGUAUACUGUCCAGAGGUAGAAGUUGGUCAGCAGGUGUACUUACGAUAUUGUCCCCAAGGACGGAACAAGAUACAGGACGCCUGGGCACCUACAGCCUAUAAGGUGGUGGAGGUGCAUGGUACGACCUACACUGUGGAGCCAGUGGGAGGCGGUCCUGCAAAAAGAGUACACAUAUCAGACAUUAGGCCCUGUUCGAGACUUAUACCAAUGCCACGGAGAAAAGUGAGACCAGUAGAAGUACCUACCUCUGUGUUAGUGGAAGAGAUACCUUCACUGGAUGCAGAAUGUGUGUUAGUGGAAGAAACUAGAUGGACUAAGGAGGAUUUAGUAGACCCAGUGCUUGAGGAGUCACAGCAACAAGAUGUGGAAUCAGACAAUUGUGCUGGAUUGGAAGAAGCACAAGAAAGAUAUAAUGAUGCACUAGUGAAUAAUGAGGUGAGUGCUGUUGAAGAGCUCUCUCUGCCUGAUAUUGAAAUAACUGAUUCAACUUUGGAUGUGGUUUCAGCUAGGUCAGUUCCUGUUCCCCGAAAUCCAAGAGUAAAAAGUGCUGCACCCCAUCCUACGCCACGCAGAAUCCAGCUGCCAACUGCUGGUGUUCAUGGUAACCCAAACAGACUAAAUCUGCUUGUAAUGCUGUGUCCUUUAGCCCUGAUGUCCUUUCCCAAGUGUAAGCGGGUAUGUCUUGUACACAUCCGGUAAAUUACAAGGAGUAAUGGAUGAUUAAAUAGUGUUUGCAGUCAUCGAGGACGUUGACUGUUAGCAGGAGAGAGUGUAACCCGGGGCAAGAAUAGCCCGAUAUUUAAUUCCCCUGGUUAUUUUUCCCUUGACGUUUUUGCUAUGAUGCAGUUAUGCGUGCUGUCUCCUUUAAGAGUUUGAUCAUAUGCACAAGAGAGAGUGUGUGUCAGAGGGGAACAGAGAGCGCGCUGAUAGAAGCAGCAGUUACAAGUGAGGAGAAAAUAGUUGAUUAGAAAUUGCUAAAUGGAUAUAAUCCAGGUUAAUUAUCAACUUGUGGACCUGUGGUGGUUUCAGUUGUGUGACUGCACGAGUAAGAAGACUUAAUUCAGUGUUUAUAUUAGUGUUUGUUGCUGCAUAUGAGAAAUCUCCGGUGGGGCAGGGGAUUCAGGCCUACUUCAACGGAGAUUGAGCAUAAGUUAAUUUAAAAUACACUUUGAAGACUGUUAUAAUGUAUAAUAAUGCAGUGUAAUACAUAUAUACGAAGAACAUGCAGUAAUUGUUGUGUAUUAUACCGUUAAGAGGGGAGAGCAAGAUUGUGAGAUCGCACGUGCCAGUUUCCACGUGAUUGAUAAUCCAAAGUCUCAUAUAACAGUACAUAUAAGCCACUGCCGUUGUUUUACACACCUUUAUUGGUUCUUUAACAUUGGUUGCACUAUUUCAAGUCAAAUUGGGACUUCUGAUCUGGUGUUUUGAUUAGAGAUUAUUACUGUAAAGGACUUAUUUUUAUUAUUUACAUUUCUUCUUAUAUGUUAUUUCACUUUCUGUGCCCAUUGAAGUGAACUGGGUAACAUAAUUUGUUUUGUUUUAUUAUUUUGUUUUAUACAACUUCUCUUGUUUAAUUGGAUCUGAGUCCUGAGAAAAAGC